UAGUAGAAGUAUUCAUAUUUUCAAAUAAAUUUAUAUAAGUUUGUUUUAUAUAAUGGCUAUGUUCGAAGUGUUAAGAAAGGAGUAUAGUGAGUAUUUGCAACAAUGUUUCGAAGUGUCGGAUAUACAGACGUUUCAAAAGAAAUGCACAGAACGAUGUGCAAAUGAUAAUGAUAGAAAAGCUGCAAUUGACCAAGCAUUAAGAGAUACUCUUCUUGUAAUAUUAUCUGAAAAUGUAUCAAGUAAUGUGCAAUUACUUGAAACUUACAUUACAUUUUGCAUUGAAUUAUGCAGAAAAGACUUAGCAACUGCAAGCAUGCCAGUGAUGUUGCUUGGUGAUAUAUUUGAUUCCAUGACACUUGAUAGGUGUGAGCAGCUCUUCACUUUUGUUGAGAAUAAUGUGGUUGUAUGGAAAGAAGAUUUGUUCUUUAGUGCUUGUAAAAAUAAUUUGUUGAGGAUGUGCAAUGACUUACUUAGAAGAUUAUCUCGAUCACAACAAACUGUAUUCUGUGGAAGGAUUCUUUUAUUCUUAGCAAAGUUCUUUCCUUUCUCUGAAAGAUCUGGUCUUAAUAUUGUGAGUGAAUUUAACUUGGAAAAUCAAACAGAAUUUGGCUCUGAAAAAUCAGAGAAAGAUGAUUUGGAGCAAAUAACAAAGGAUGAUGAUAAAUCAGAAACAAAAGUGCCAAUUGAUUAUAAUUUGUAUAGAAAGUUUUGGGCCUUACAAGAUUUCUUUAGAAAUCCAAAUCAGUGUUAUAGCAAAAUGCAUUGGAAAGUAUUUUCAGCACAUGCUUCAAGUGUGCUGUCAGCAUUUUCUUCUUUCAAAUUGGAAGAACAACGUAAUUAUCCUUCAACUUGGGUAAAAGUUGAUUCUUCAGCGGAAGGAUCUCAUAAGGAAACUCCUUAUUUUGCAAAAUAUUUAACAAAUCAGAAAUUAUUGGAACUACAGCUGUCUGAUUCAAAUUUUAGGCGAUAUGUAUUGCUCCAAUUUCUCAUUCUUUUCCAAUAUCUUAAUAGCACUGUAAAGUUUAAAGCCUUCCUUGCCAGUGGCUAUGAGACAAGUGAAACACAUGAACUGAAGCCAGACCAAGUAGAUUGGGUAAAGGCUACCACAGACCAAGUGUAUGCUUUACUGACAGAAACACCUCCAGAUGGUCCAACAUUUGCAGAAACUGUUAAAAAUAUAUUAAAGCGUGAAGAGCACUGGAAUGCUUGGAAAAAUGAGGGGUGUCCACCAUUUAAAAAGCCUGCUCAAGAGUCUGAUGCUGAUAUGGAAGAAUUAAAGAAACCAAAAAGACCAAGACGUAGAAUUGGAGAUGUUAUUAGAGAUGCUCAAGCAGUAGGAAAAUAUCACAUGGGAAAUCCAGAACUUACAAAACUAUGGAAUCUGUGUCCUAAUAACCUUGAAGCAUGCAAAUCCAAAGACAGAGAUUUCCUUCCAUCUUUGGAGACAUAUUUUGAAGAAGCUAUCAUGCAAUUAGAUCCUAAUGCAAUGGUAGAAGAUGAAUACAAGAAAGUAAACGAUGGAAAUUUCGGUUGGAGAGCAUUAAGAUUAUUAGCCAGACGUAGUCCUCACUUUUUUGUUCAUGGGAAUUAUCCCAUUAAUAAACUGCCGGAAUAUCUUGAAACGAUGAUUAAGAAAAUUGCUAAAGAUCGUCCACAGACACAAUCGGACAUAAAGUUAGAAACAGAAGAAACACCACCUCCAGAAGCAAACGACCAAGAAUUCAAUGAAGAUGUUUUAAAACCAGAAACUGAACAAGUUGAAUCCGAGAAUACAGACCCAAAAGGACGAAAAUUAACAAAGGUCACGCCUGAAAUGGUGGCGAAGUUAUCGGAGAUUCUGAAAAACGAUUGGAAGAAGCUAGCGACCAAGCUUGGCUAUACCAGCGAAGAGAUAACAUUCUUUCAAAGCAAACCAACACCGUAUGAGCAAUGUAAAAAUAUGUUAGAAAUUUGGGCUGAAGAAGACGUGGAUGCAUCUAUGGAAAAUUUGGCGUAUAUUUUGGAAGGUUUAAAGUUCACGGAAGCAUUAGCUGUUUUAAAAUCUUAA